AUGUCUAAUUCUUUUAUCGACGGGCUCUUUGAAGCUUACGAUACGAGGUUGGUCGGCGAAAAUGGCAAAGGACAUCUGUGGUCCGAUGAAACCUCAGACGCGGACGAUGAAAUUAAUAAGAACAUGCAAGUCGCUUCACUUACACAUGAUAUUUCCAAUAUAUUAAUAAGCGAUUCUUCCGCAUCGGUUGUGAGUGAUGGGUCUUCUUUUGAAGAAAGUGAUUCGGACGAGUUAUCAGCCCAAGAAAUAUUUCAGAAGGAAGUCGUUCAAACGCUCGAGAGGGCGUUUUCCGAUGGACAUACAGUAGAAAUAGCUUUGUUAGAACUAAAUACCCUGAGAUUGGCAUCAAAUGUCACUUUUCAUGACUUGCUUGUAGUAGUAAUUCCCACUGUGCUAAGUCGAAUCGACAAAAAGAGAUUGAUGCACAGUACAAAAGAAAUUCUGGGUCGCUGGGGGCCGCUCAUAGGAAAGAUGAUCCAUUCUAAAAGAGAUCAAGUUGACACUAUACAGAUAUUACAGGAGCAUUGUGCUGAAACACAGGCGGACUUUAAGAUUUUCGCACCGGCCUGUCGUAUCCUCUAUGAGAUGGAUAUAUUUGAGGAAGAAGCGAUAUUAAAGUGGUAUUAUUCUGAUUUGUCAAAACGUGAUACACUAAAGCCAGUUCGUGAUCAGAUCAGAUAA